GCACCUGGCACCGAAGAAGGGCCGGCCGUUCGUGGGUUGGCCGCCGCAUUUAAGGCGCGGCGCGCCACGCCGGGACCCGAAGCGCUCCAUCCGCGCGCCCCCUGUCUUAGAGCCCGCCAUGCUCCCGCAGGUCUGGCUGGCGACGGCGCUCCUGGCUUGGCUGGCGGCGACGACGAGGAGCCGGGGUGCGCUGGGACCCCGCGGAGGAGACCCCGGCUGCCUGUCGCCGGCCGGCUGCGACUCUCCCGAGGCCGGGAGCCACAAGGCGCCCUGCGGGCAGAAAGGCUGCGGCGCCAGGGCGGCGGGCGAGCCGUGCGGCGUCUACACGCCCGGCUGCGCCCGCGGGUUGCGCUGCGUGCCGCGCCCCGGGGAGAGAGCCCCGCUGCACGCCCUGCUGCGCGGCAAGGGGGUUUGCCUGGCUGCUGCCGAGGAGGGCAAGCCGGCCGGCCGUCGGAACCAGACGGAGGCGG